AUGUCAACAACAGAGAACACAACAACAGUUAUAGUCCAUGAAGCUAUAAAUGAAGAAUACGAGUACAUACAGUUUAACAAACAACUCCGUCUCAUUCGUUCGGUCAAAGACGAUAUGUACCAAAUGCAAAGUAUUUUGACAGCAUGUUAUGCUCCAGAUACUAAGCUUCCUAAAGACUGGUUUAGGAACCAAAGCACACAAGAACUUUUGAGCGAAGCACAGCGAGACAUACUUUUUUCUGAAAACAGUGAAGAACAGCGAGUAGGUAAAAAACCCCAGUCGCCAAAACUCUAUGAAAAUCGUGAAAAAUUGCCAAACGGUUUGAGAGGAUAUUAUGUACAUAGACUUCUUGUAAAUGCUGUUGCAAUGUGGGCUUCGCCUCGUUAUGCUUGGUAUAUUUACAGACUUCUUGACGAAAUUCAUAGACAAGAACGUGAAGAGAUGGAAAACAAGCUUGAAGCAAAAGACAAAAGCAUUCAGAAAAGAAUACCACGUUCGGUACCAAAAGGAAAGGAAAAGAACUAUAAGUAUAUGA